UCGAUUAAAUUUGUACUAUUUGGUGUCAUUGUUGAAUAAUUUUGUAUCACAACUGUUUCAUUGAUAUUUAUGGUUGUAUACUCUUUCUUAUUGCCAAUAAAUAAAAAGUUAAUAUAAAUAAUUGUUAAACAAUGGAAGGAACAAGUGAAAAAGGAAGUAAAGUAUGGACUAAUAGCGAAAGAUUAAAGCUUGCUUCAAAAUUAGACGCCGAGCUCGAUGAAUAUAUUAGUAAUUUGGAAAAGAAGAGUUAUACUGAAGGAUGGCCAGAAGAUCAGUGGGAAGAGGAAAUGGAAAAACAUCCAUUUUUCAUGAAAAAGACACCGGAACCUGGAGAAGAACUUUCUCCAUUGAUGGAAGGUUUACAGCAGCUCAAAUAUGGAGAAGAUGAAAAUACACCAGAGGAACUUGCAAAUAAUUAUAAGGAAGAUGGAAAUUUCAAUUUCAAAUAUAAAAAUUAUAGAUUAAGUAUUCUGAGUUACACAGAAGGAAUAAGAACUAAAUGCAAAGAUACUGAUUUAAUGGCUCAGCUUUAUAAUAAUAGAGCUGCUGCACAUUUUAUGUUAAAAAAUUAUAGAUCAAGCUUAAAUGACUGCAAGUUUGCUUUGAAAUUGAAACCAAAUUACAUAAAAGUUUUGAAUAGAGCUGCCACUUGUUGUUUUUAUAUAAAAGAUUACGAACAGUGUAUUGACUUUUGUGAUCAAUUACUUGUUAAAUCUCCUACUGACAAGAUAAUAUUAUGUUUAAAAUCACAAGCAGUAGUUGAAGGAGAACGUCUGAAAAGAGAUAAAAGAAAACAAGACAGAUCAGAAAAGAAAUUACAUAAAGAAGAAGAAGAAUUACUAAAUAUAAUAAAAGGGAAAGGUGUUAAUUUAGAAUCGAUCGAAGGGAAAAGAAAUCCAAAUUUAAAAGACCUAGAACCUCAAAUUCCACAAAUAGCAGAAUGUAGUGUUCAUUUGGAUGCACAAAAUAAACUCAUUUGGCCAAUUCUGAUUUUAUAUCCUGAAACAAAGCAGACAGAUUUCAUACAAAAUUUUCACGAGGAUAUAUUGUUGAUAGAACAAUUAGAACAGCUGCUUAAUGAUCCACCUGAGUGGGACUCACACAGACGUUAUACUCCUGAAAAUAUAAAUGUUUAUUUUGAGGAUAAAGAUAAACGUUCUUUGCAUAAAGUGAACGUCCAUCAGUCUCUAGGGCAAAUAUUGCAGCACGAGCGAUUUAUAGUUCGCGGGGGAACGCCGGUGUUUUUAAUAUUUGUUAAGUCCAGUAAGGCGGAGCAGGGAUUUUUAGCUAUGUAUGUGUGAUAUACAUUAUCGUGUACAUUGUUCAUAAAUAGAUUUAUAAAGGAGAUCUACACAUCUAUUAAUAUAAUUAGAAUUAAUUAUGCAAACUCAUAUAAAUUGAAGAAAUGGAAUUUAAUUCAAGAUCCGCUUUAAUUAUUUUAUAUAUUUUCAUGUAUUACAUAGAUUAUUUGCAUUUUUAUAUUUUCAAAUUUCUCAUAAAUGUAUAAAAAUUUACAGUCUAGUAAUAAUUAUUAGUGCUCUUAUCAAAUAAAGUUUAAAAAGCAUUUUUUCUUAUUGGAUCAAGAAAUGCUUUUGUAUAUUUUUUUACGAAACUUUUUACAAAAGUGGCGCAUGUGGGUCCCACUUCAUAUUAACCGUAGAAGGGACCGAUAUAAGUGAGAUAAUUGAUCGAGCAGUGGUGCCACCUGUAGUCUGUAGCACCUGCCAGAGCCAGAUGGGCAUAAAGACUCGGGGCCUCAGUCAGAAAUUCAGUUCAAGAGACGCUGUAGAACGUGUGUAUGCGUCCCGAAGCGGUUACUCUUCUAAUUGUUACGACUAAAUUGUGCUAAUAUAGUGACGAAAAAGUGUUGUGUCAGAGAUACGAUUUAAACGAUCGGAAAUCGGUCCUUUAUCGGUGGAUGCUGAAGGUUAUCUGGUUCAAGUUUGAAUUGUGAAACAAGAGGACCUUUACAGCGUGGGAGAGAAGCGGAACGGGACACAAACGAUGCCAAAGCAAUGCAGGCAAAAUUUUCAUUAUGUACAGAGGUCGACACUAAGUUCUGGUAGAAGAAAUCUUUGACUGGAGAAAAUUUUAGGAGUUUUAAGACUUUUAGGAGGUUUGGAAUGUAAAUGUUAAGCUAGGUCAGGAUAAGAUAAGUUACAGAAUGAAACAGGGAUGUGUGAUUUAAUAUUUAAGAGGGAAAGCGGAAACAAAAAUAUUUAAAGAAUAAGAUGACAUGGAAGUUGAUAAAUUAUACAACACGGCAGAGUUCAUGCAGCAAAAUUCUCUGUUUUAAUUAUCUUCUCUUUUAGGUCGUAAAAAGAGGAACAAGACCAGAGUACAAUAAAAAGAUACAUGCAAAGCAAUUUAAAUUUAUAGAAUCCUAACUUAUUGUUAGUUUUAUUAAAGAUUUAAGAUAAAGGGAUUUGGAAAGAAAAAUUUCUGUUUAAAACUUUUAGUUUACAAAAAAAGAACAAGAUUGGAAUACAAUAGAAAAAAAAUGUUCAUACGAAAUUUUUAAUCAUAAAGGACUUAAAUGCAAGAUUCUAAUUUAGAUAUACUUAAGAUUCAAGAUGAAAGAAUUUGCAGGGGAAAAAUCUCUCUUUUGUCCGUCUCCAUUUUGACACAACGUGAAACGGUGAGAGGAAGAAAAGAUCACGCUGCACGUCGUCGCCGUCGAGAAAUCUGGACUCCGAGCGGUAUUCGAGAAGAAUUCCGAAGCAUCGUGGAUACAAAAUCGCUUGACAUUCUGCACAAUAACUUGCGGUAAAAAAAAAAAGAAAAAAACGAAAGAAAUAAAAAGAGAA